AUGGAGAAGAAGAAGGUAGCGGUUCCGCUCGUGUGCCACGGGCACUCGCGGCCGGUCGUGGAUUUGUUUUAUAGCCCUGCGACCCCGGAUGGGUUCUUCCUCAUCAGCGCGAGCAAGGAUGCAAAUCCUAUGCUUAGAAAUGGUGAGACAGGAGACUGGAUUGGAACUUUUGAAGGGCACAAGGGUGCAGUCUGGAGUUGCUGCUUGGACAGAAAUGCUUUACGUGCUGCUACUGGUUCUGCUGAUUUCUCUGCUAAGAUAUGGGAUGCAUUAACUGGUGAUGAGUUACACUCCUUUGAACAUAAGCACAUUGUCCGUGCAUGUGCCUUUUCUGAGGAUACUCACCUCUUGCUUACCGGGGGAAUUGAGAAAAUUUUGCGUAUAUAUGAUCUGAAUCGUCCAGAUUCAACUCCCAGGGAAAUUGACAAGUCACCGGGUUCUGUCAGAACUGUUGCGUGGCUUCACAGCGACCAGACUAUACUAAGUUCUUGCACUGAUAUUGGAGGUGUAAGGUUGUGGGAUGUAAGGAGUGGGAAAAUCAUCCAAACUCUUGACACCAAAUCACCUGUCACUAGUGCAGAGGUUAGUCAAGAUGGCCGAUAUAUCACUACUGCUGAUGGUUCCACUGUCAAAUUCUGGGAUGCAAACCAUUUUGGUCUUAUGAAAAGCUACAAUAUGCCGUGCAAUGUGGAAUCAGCUUCGCUUGAACCAAAGUAUGGGAACAGAUUCAUAGCCGGAGGAGAAGACAUGUGGGUCCACGUCUUUGAUUUCGUCACAGGCGAAGAAAUCACUUGUAACAAAGGCCAUCAUGGACCCGUCCACUGUGUCCGCUUCUCACCAGGUGGUGAAUCCUAUGCCUCGGGAUCUGAGGACGGCACGAUCAGAAUAUGGCAGAUGGGCCCAUCUACUGCUGAUGAGAGUGAGGCACUUAGUGCUAACGGGUCUACUAAUACUGGAAAAUUGAAGAUUGGGGUGAAUGAGGUGUCACGCAAGAUUGAGGGCUUCCACAUUGCUAACGAUGGACAAAGUGAGGGCUAGGAUUUUUGCGCCCGGUGCUGGUCUAGCGAAGAAUGGGUUAUAGCGAAGGCUGUUUCCUUUGUUUGAUUUGUUUCUUCCCUUACAUGUUGUAAGUAUCGGGUUUUCUCGAGGGUUCCUCUUUGUUUCUGGGAAUAAGAUAGCUAAGGUCCUUUUUUUUUUUUUUUUCUUUUUUCUGUAUAACGUUUAGUGAACCGUCCUAUAUGUCGCUUGGUUGAUAUUAUGCUGCUGGACAUGUUAUGAAAACUAAUUCAUGUUUGAACUACAGAAAGAGAGGCCAUUCUCAGAAGCACAGUUGUUGUUGCUCUGGCAGAACCAGUAACAACUACUUUCGGCA